UAGCUGCGGUAGCUCAGAGGCCGCCAGAUCGAGAGCCAUGGCUGAGCUUGAGCUAGUUUCUCUCUCCCUGCUCUUCCUUCCUCUGCUCAUCAUCGUCCCCUUGCUCUACUUCAUCCGCCCGUCGCGUGGCAUCCGACCGCCACCGUCGCCGUGGGCGCUACCCGUCAUCGGCCACCUACACCACGUCGCCGGCGCGCUCCCGCACCGCGCGAUGCGGGACCUGUCGCGUCGCUACGGCCCGCUCAUGCUGCUCCGCCUCUGCGAGCUCCACGUUGUCGUCGCUUCCUCGGCCGACGCCGCGCGGGAGAUCAUGAAGAACCAGGACCUCUCGUUCGCGUCGCGGCCCAUGAACCCGACGGGGAAGUUCCUCCUCGGCGACAGCCCGGGCCUUGUCGCCGCGCCCUACGGCAAGGCCUGGCGGCAGCUCCGCAAGAUCUGCACCCUCGAGCUCUUCACCUCCCGCCGCGUCAGGUCCUUCAGGCCCGUGCGCGAGGAGGAGGUCGGGCGGCUGCUCCGCUCGCUGUCGGCGCAGUCCUCGUCGCUGGUGAACCUUAGCGAGCUAAUCGGCGCCUACGUCGCGGACUCAGCGGUGCGCGCAGUCAUCGGCAGCCGAUUCAAGGGCCGCGACGCGUUCCUGCGGAUGCUGGAGCGGAGGGUAAAGAUCGCGCCGGCGCAGUCCCUACCGGACCUCUUCCCGGCAUCGCGGCUAGCGUUGCUCAUCAGCCGGAUGCCGCGCAAGAUGGAGCGGGAGCGGCGGGAGAUGAUGGAGUUUAUUGGCACCAUCAUCCAAGAGCAUCAAGAAAACAGCAUGGCCGCUGCCGUCGGCGACGAUGAGGACUUUCUCCACGCCCUCCUUAGGAUCCAGCGAGAGGGGAAGCUGGACCCUCCACUUACCGACGACGACAUCAAGACCGUGAUCGUCGACAUCUUCAUGGCGAGCAGCGAGACAUCGUCGACGUUGAUGCAGUGGGCCAUGGCUGAGCUCAUGAGGAACCCGAGGGUGAUGCGCAAGGUGCAGGAGGAGGUCCGGCGAGUCCUCGACGGGAAGAACGAAAUCGUGGAGGAGAGCUUGGCAGGUCUGCGCUACCUUGACCUCGUCAUCAAGGAGGCGCUCCGGCUGCAUCCUCCGGCAACGUUGCUGAUUCCCCGGCAGUGCCGGGCCCCAUGCAAUGUCCUCGGCUUCGACGUGCCGGUGGGCGUUAUGGUGCUCGUCAACGCGUGGGCCAUCGGCAGGGACCCAGCGCACUGGGACGAGCCUGAGGAGUUCUCGCCGGAGAGGUUCGAGGACGGUGGCAUUGACUUCAAGGGGACGGAUUUUGAGUAUAUACCAUUUGGCGCCGGGCGGCGGAUGUGCCCCGGGAUAGAGUUCGGGCUGGCAAACAUGAAGCUCGCGCUCGCCAGCCUUCUGUACCACUUCGAUUGGGAGCUCCCGGACGGUAUGGAGCCCGGGGAGCUGGACAUGGCCGAGGUUCAAGGGAUGCUCACCCGUCGACGCUCCGACCUCUUACUCGUUCCGACGGUCCAUGUGACAUUGCCUACGAAAAUUUGAAGGGAAGUAUUUGGUUUGAGUCACCGGUUGGCAACAAAGAUGUUGAACACUUAUAGGAAAAUUAAUGCGCUCUUGAAUUGUGGCUUAUUACGUUCUGUUUAGAGAAAAAAUGUAAAUGCAGCAGUAAGUAAAGGAACUUUAUGAAGUCCUAAG